UGGUCUCGCUGUGCAUUAUGGGCACGAGCUCCUCCCCACGUGUCUGUGUGGAGCAGUCAACAUGGUACCGACACCGACAGACUUCAGCUGCCCGAGUUAAUCACCACUCUUACCCCUCCACGCAUUACACCUCCGGACCGCUCUGACACGGAUGAGAUAGCUAAAGGUGUACCGUGAAACCUGCAGGUUGGAUCUCUGAGAUCUGCUGCUCCUGUUUCAUCUCCUCUCCCCUCCUCGCUCUGUUCACACCAAUAUGGCCAGCGGGGACGAUGAUGACCCCAUUAUAGAGGAGAUCGAUGUUUACCUCGCCAAAAGCCUUGCAGAUAAGCUGUAUCUUUUCCAGUACCCCGUUCGACCAUCCAAUAUGACCUACGACGAUGUCAACCACUUAUCAGCUAAGAUCAAACCUAAGCAGCAACGGGUGGAGUUGGAAAUGGCCAUCGACACAAUGAGUCCAAACUACUGUCGCAGCAAAGGAGAGCAGAUCGCUCUGAAUGUGGACGGCACGACGUACGAUGAAUCCAGCACCUAUUCAGUGAAAAUGAUGGAUAAACAGUCCUUCUCCUCCAUCCAGGCCACCACCAACACCUCCAGAUACGCUGCUGCUGUGUUUCGUAAAGGUGAGCUUCACGUCACGCCUCUGACGGGAAUCCUCCAGAUGAGACCGAGCUUCUCUUACCUGGACAAGGCCGACACCAAAACCAGAGAGAGGGAGGCAGCCAAUGAAGGUGGAGAUUCCUCUCAGGAUGAAGCUGAGGACGACGCUAAGGCCAUAACGGUUAGAUUUGCUCGUCCCGAGUCAGAGCAGGCUCGGCAGAGGAGGAUUCAGUCAUACGAGUUCCUCCAGAAGAAGCAGGCGGAGGAGCCCUGGGUUCACCUGCACUACCACGGUGUCAAGGACGGGCGCUCGGAGCAUGAAAGACAGUACCUGUUCUGCCAGUCAGUGGACGCCUCACAGAACUCUGAACUGGUCAAAACCCCUAAGGAGUACCUGGCGAUGCUGAUGCCCCCUCUUGCAGAGGAGAAAGUUGUGAAGCCUGUUGGUCCCAGUAAUGUUCUCUCCAUGGCUCAGCUCCGCACUCUGCCACUGGGAGAGCAAGUCAAGACCCUGAUGAAGAACGUCAAGGUGAUGCCGUUUGCAAACCUGAUGGGCCUGCUCGCCUCGGGCACGGACUCAACCGCAGCGCUGCGCUGCAUCCAACAGGUGGCGCUGCUGGUUCAGGGCAACUGGGUCGUCAAGAGUGAUGUUCUGUAUCCUAAAAACACCUGCAGUCCACACAGCGGCGUCCCUGCUGAAGUGCUCUGUCGAGGCCGGGACUUUGUGAUGUGGAGGUUCACCCUGGAGCGCUCUGUGAUGAGAAAGGAGAUCGCAUCCAUCAUCAAACUUCCUCCAGAGGACGUGAAGGAGUUCCUGGAGCAUGUGGCCGCUCCACGAAUCAACCGGGGCUGGGAGUUCCUGCUGCCUACUGAUGUAGAUUUCAUAAAGAAACACCCAGAUGUUGCCCACAGGCAACACAUGCUGUGGCUCGGCAUCCAGAGCAAAGUGCUUCGACCGCGGUGGACGAAACCCUCCCUGAAUACUCACAGGCACCAUUAUCUGUUUGCACUGGCAGAGCAGUAUGGCGUCCUGCAGCAUGUGGUCCGAGAUGGAGGGGAAGACGCUCCGUCCCACCGGCAUGGAGGCCAGGUGCAGGCUGAACAGCCUCUUAAACUCAUUCAGCGUCAGUACAAAAUGCUUCCUGAAAGUCUUUGUGACAAAGUCCUGCAGCUCCGGGGACACCGAGUUGGCGGGACUCCCUCCGUUACCGUUAGUGUGAUCGAAGGCGGGGGAGGUGGCACUGGGGUAACCAUUGACAGAACCGUUGGGAAUGGAGGAGGACGUGUCCAUAGGUUCGUCUUCCCUGUCGCUGAGGGGCUCCUGUUUGACGGGGACGCUGCUCCCCGCCCGUCUGGCGUCCAGUUGGAUGCUCUGCAUUUUGUACUGACGCUGAAUGAGUUUAAGAGGCUGUUCAGCCUGCACCUGGCCUCCAUGCCGGUGGGACGGAGCGUCUUCCCCUCCAUCUCGGACCACAUGCUGCAGGACGCCAUACUGCUCUGCCAGUGCAAACAGAUAAUGGUGCCUUUUCCUGCUCAGAGCACAGCAGCCUCUGAUGAACAGAAGGUGUUCGGUCUGUGGGAGACUGGAGACGCAUUCGACAAGCAUCGUCGGCUGCUGUAUGACCUGUUCAACAAGCACUACCGGGUCAGAAGGACGAUGGUCCAAGCCAAGCUGGCACAGGAGUUUGGAGACGUCCCGAAGUCGGACAUCGACCGAGUGCUCAAUGAGUGCUGCAGCAGCUACGCAGGGAUGUGGUACCUCAAGGGAACAAUACCGUCCUGACGCUGAG